UAAAAAAAAUUACACUUCAACAAAGUUCAAUAAAUUUCAAAACAAAUGGAAAUUAAAUUUAAACUUUUAUUAUUUGGAUAAUUUGCAAGUCUGAGAAGAAAUUAAAAUGUCGAAAGUGUUACUAAUUAGACAUCUACCACCAGGUUUAUCAUUUGGAGAUAAGGAACAACUACUGAAACGCUUUGGAGCAGACAAAGUUUGGGAGACAUCAUCUAAAAGAAAUUUCAUUUUUGCUUCUUUUCCAACUGUAGAGAGCGCCAAAACUUCUCUCUUGCGGCUCCAUCAGCUAGAGAUUGCCCAAAGAAGAUUAGUGGUUGAAUACUCAUUAGAGAAAGAACCAGUUUCGGAAACGAAACAAAAUCCAAAAGUACAUUCAGAUAUAACUGAUAAUAUUAAGCAAUUUCUGCUAACCCUAAACGCUUGGAACCCAUCUGUUGAUUUCUAUCAACCCCCACGAGUAAAUAUUGGUUACAAAUACCCUGAAGCCACUCCAGAAACAAUAUUAAACAUAAUCUAUAAGUUGUAUACACAUAAACCAUUUUAUACACAAACAUUACAUUUGAUGAAUAAAAUGUCAUUAGACCCACCAUUUCAAGAAAACGCCACCGCCAUUGACUUCUUCAAAGAAACAUUUAGACAGUACUUUAUAGAUGAAAUGCAGAUAUUAGCUCCGGAAAGUGAACCAGAAUCCGAGAUAUCUAGUGAUGAAAACAUGCAUCAGAAGCAGGCUGCACCUACACUUGUCAGGAGAAAACACACUUUACCCAAAACAAGAAAGAGGCCAGCAGCUGUUUUAUCUACAGCAACUCUACCCAAGGCUAAGAAAAAGGCUGUAAAUCAAGAAGAAGUAUUUGAGGGUGGACACAUACAGGAACCAAAGAAGAUAUCACUAGUGGUGAGCCAGGAUGCCCUGGCCAAGCCGCCUGACCAGGAGCCAGAAGUAGUUGGUGAGUUAGGAAAGUUUGAAAAGAAGGAGGAACCUCAAAAGCCUGAAGAAACACUAUCUGAACCAGAACAACCAACCAUAUCCAAGAAGGAGCUUCUUCAAAAUAGAAUUUCAUACAGUGACAUGAAAAUUUUACCUGUAUUCAAAAACUAUCACCCAGGCCAGCCUUCCAUGAGGCUUUAUGUCAAAAACUUAGCUAAAACUGUUACAGAACAAGAUGUUAAAAGGAUUUACAAGAGAUAUAUUGAAAAACUGUCUGAAGAUGAACAGAUUGGUUUUGAUGUCAGGGUGAUGCAAGAAGGCAGGAUGAAAGGACAGGGUUUUGUAACAUUUCCCUCUGUUGAAAUAGCAGAGAUAGCUUUGAAUGAGACAAAUGGGUAUAUGUUGAAGGAAAGACCAAUGGUUGUGCAGUUUGCAAGAGCUGCUAAUAAAAAAACUAUAGACUGAU